UUUGGCCCCGCCCCGAUGGAGGGGAGCGGCAGGCAGGAGGAGGACGCGGCGCCGCCGCCGCCGCCGUGGACGCCCAGCGGGGCCACGGUGUUCCGCCGCUUCGUGGGCGCCACCGCUACGCGAGGGGCGGCGCCUAAGGCGGCCCCUCGGGCGGCGGGCAGCGGUGUUGCCCCGCGCGUAAGCAAACUCCACGGCGUCAAGAGGAAGCCGUUUGUUGUGAGGCUGACGGCAGACAUCAUUCAAACUUUUGAAAGAUGCCACCCAGAGUUUAAGUACUCAGAGGCGCUAAACCCAAAGCGCUUUCUAACGCAUCCUUCGACCCCAGUCCACAAUAAUGGAGUCGAUAAUAAAUACUGGGACCUUAUAUUGUUUGUCAACCAGGAAUUGCUCAACGAGACAUCAAACCGAAGAUUCAUUGUCAAGGAAAUGCUUGGUCAAGGCACGUUUGGCCAAGUUGUGAAAUGCUGGGACACCGAAACUAACGACUAUGUUGCUGUGAAGGUUAUAAAAAACCAGCCUGCAUUUUAUCAGCAGGCGAUCGUGGAGGUUUCACUCUUAAGAACGCUAAAUCAGAAAUUUGAUCCUGAUGAUCAGCAUAACAUUGUCAGAAUGCUAGAUUAUCUCACAUUCCAAAAUCAUCUGUGUAUUGCCUUUGAAAUGCUUGGUCAAAACCUGUAUGAGCUGUUAAAAAGGAAUCAUUUAAGAGGUCUGAAAGUGAAAUAUGUACAAGCCUUCUCAAAACAGAUAUUGGAUGCCAUGAUUGUGAUGAGAGAUGGUGGCAUCAUUCACUGUGAUCUAAAACCGGAAAAUAUCCUCUUAGCCCCAACUGCCAAGACAGCUGCAGCAGUGAAAGUUAUCGAUUUUGGAUCAGCAUGCAUGGAGGGUAAAACUGUGUACUCAUACAUUCAGAGCCGCUAUUACAGGUCUCCAGAAGUUCUGCUCGGCUAUCCGUAUACUACUGCAAUAGAUAUGUGGUCAUUCGGUUGCAUAGUUGCUGAACUGUUUAUAGGGCUACCGCUAUUUCCUGGAGCAUCAGAAUAUGAUGUGCUUAAGCGUAUGCUAAAGAUUCUCGGGGGGCAACCACCAGAUGACUUGCUAAGGGGAGCUAAAAAUACUGGUAGAUUUUUUAAACCUCUUGGAAACAUUAAUCCGGGUAUCAGGUCACACGAAAGCCCUAGCACUGCAUACAGAAUGUUAAGUGAAGAGGAGGUUGAGGGGAGGGGGGCAACAAGACCGAUAUUAGGGAAAUGGUACUUCCCUCAGCAAAGGUUGGACCAGCUAAUAUUUACCUAUCCUUGGGACAAUACAGAAUUGUCAGAGACAGAAAAGGCAGAUCGCUCGGUAUUAGUUGAUUUCUUGAGGGGGCUUCUUGAAUUCGAUCCAAAUAAGCGAUGGUCGCCAUUUCAGGCGUCUGGCCAUCCAUUCAUUACAGGCGAACCUUUCACUGGUCCAUAUAAGCCUGUCUCUGAGACUCCAAGAAUUCCUGUUGCUCAUGCUGCAGCAGUUGAUCACAAUCCAGGAGGAGGGCACUGGUUAGCUGCAGGUCUUUCUCCUGCAGAUCUUUCUCCCCAGAUUGGAAGUGCGAACAGAUGUCUACCUCCUAAUAACCCCUAUCAUCCAAGAAUGCCCUUUUCUUAUGGGAGUAGUUAUGGAAGCUUUGGUAGCCAUGGUAGCUAUGCUGGCAAUGCAGGUCCUGCUAGCAGCUAUGGAAGCUAUGGUGAUGUUAAUAAUGUCAACAUGUAUUACUCACCAGUAGGUCCUUCUGGGUUUCCACAUGUUGGCUCUAGUCCAGAUAUCAGACUGAGACCUCGUAUCUCAUAUGAUAGAGGCAUUCGGUUAAGCCCUGGAGGUAUGGGGCCUAUGUCCCUUGGUACCAGUCCAUCUCAGUUUACCCCACCAAACUACCAGAUGCACAUCCCAGCUAAUUCUACUGGGAAGCAUGGUUCUGGUUCUCCUGCGAGUGGAAGCAUUCAUGGCUCUCCAUUGGGAAAAGCUGCACCAGUAGGCCAGUACAGCAACAGGAAGAACAUGCCGAUGCCGCCACAUGAAUUUGCAUCUCAGCAUGGACAAGGACGACAUGGGGAUGGUGUCAGUUUUAGUCACUCUGAUGCCUAUAUUCGUGGACACGCUGGCUACUCUCAGCACUCCUUACCUAGUUCUGGUCAUUCUAGUUGGAGACCGCAAAUAGCUUCUGGAGGUGGAUUUACCUUGGAGGCUUCUUCUAGUCAUGGGUCUUCCCGAGCAUUCCAUUCACACAAUGUGCCACCUUUGCCCUCAUUUGACAUUAUACCAGAUACAUCAGGUCCAUCAACACAAGAUCCUUCUGACUGGGAUCCUGAUUAUAGCGAGGAGUCACUAUUGCAAGAAGACAAUUCAUUGUCAGCUGAUUUAACCAGCAGUCUCCAUCUUAGGGACGCAACUGGUCAGCCGGGCGGAUCUGCCAGAUCAACCCGUGUCCAAAGCCACAACUUUGCAAGCUCAAACCCUCUACCGACAGGCCAAAGCUACAGAGGGGAUCAACAACUCCCCUCAUCCUCACUUGGAAGGGGCACUCGCCCUACUGUUCCAAUCAUCUAUGGUGGUUACACACCCCCGAAUUAUGCUCAGCAAAGUCUCCGCGGUCGCCAUGGACAUCAAUUUCUUCAACCGAGAUACAGUCAGGCAACCACUAACAGUCACAUGCGACCGCCAAUGGGGAGUCAUCAAAGUGGGCAGCCGGCAUGGCCUCCUCCCUAUGGCGUGGGUGAGGGAAUGCCCUGGGGAGGAACAGGUGUGCAUUCGUUUACGACAGGCGGUUUACCCUCGUCCCUUCCAAGGAAAGACUAUGGGAGCAUAGUUUAGUGUGGACUCAGAGCACUGCCAUUCAUUGCCAGGAUAAAUUAUUUGUACGGGUGGAAUCGACUCUGGCUAUUGAUUUUUCUUUCCUGCAAUGUUGUAUUUGCAUUGCCCCAUUGGGUCCUCCAUUGUGAAGACAGUUGAGAACUCAUAUAUAAUACAAUCGGUCGUUACAGCAUUGUCUGUGUUCACCUA